AUGAAGAUUCAACAAGCACUUUGCCUGGGCCGGCAGCACAGGUUGUCUGCUCAAUUUACUAAAGCCAAGCUGAAGGAGCUCAAGACUGAAAGACUUGACAACGCAGGUCUGGCCGAAAUACUUGAGUUUGAGCUGCAGCUCAAAAAGAGGGAGCUUGAGCAAGCUCUUGUGCCAAGCGACCAGCAGAGGGAAGAGCUUAGAAUUUUGGCCAAAGACUUUCAUCGCAUGCGCAACAACAAGGACGUAAUUGAGAGGAAUCUCGUCAUCCUCGACGAAGGUGACAAGAAAGAGAUAGAGAGAUGGAGGGAUGCAAUCGAACUGGAAGACCGGCGGCCACUUUUGGCAAUCGAACCAAUGAUGAACAGGGCCAGACCCACGGCGAUGGGACGAAUGGCAGAAGCUGCGGGGAACGAAGAGAUCGACUCCGGUCCAGACGCAGAGAAUCGACGGAAGCCGCGACACGUCGUAGAGAUAGACACGCGGACCGGACGUGGAUGGUGUACGACAGCGACCGCUCAGACGAACGAGAUAAUAGCUCCGAUCAAGUCGAAGAAAAUCGUCGAAGAAGCGGUCCCACUGUGGAGAGGAGAAGAGAGGAACGACUUGCUAGGCCAGAGUCUGAACGUGGAAGAAGAAGCAGUCCACGCCUACGCUCGCGAGAAGCUGUAG